AUGGCGACUCAGCAAACACGCACGCCGUCGAGUGAAACUCUGCCGGCAAUCCGACCAGCAUCCCCGCUGGGCACGCUCAGACAGUCUUCAAAGUCUAUGCACGAGUCGAUGGUACUUCCUCCGAUUCAGAGUCUUACACGAGAGUUUCCGUCUCGCUUGGAACACGCCCACAGCGAGCCAAACCUUGGGCAGAGAAAGUCUGUAUGCGAUUUCCCAUUCGCCCGUCUUACCGUCUCUCCACCGGACCCGAAUGGCUACCAUCGGAAACGAACUGCGACGGGCGAGGUGACGAGCAAUCUGAGCCCGCCGAGCGCAAGCAAACGCCGUAGGCUCGAGUCUACAGAAAGCAAUGGUGCCAGCGCAGAGCUCACGGCGAUUUCUGCUCCUGGACCCUCUCGCUCGCCGUCGGUGCGCCAUGGACACUCGAGACAGGCUUCUGGCGUCGAUUCACAUCAUUUGACGCCGCCAACACCGCCAAACAAUGCAACUCUACCGUCUAGAGGCCCGGGCCCCUCUCACGAGCAUCGCCGGACCACGUCGACCUCGGGCAUGUAUGCCGCUCCUCACGCCCAUGACGCGCCCCUCAAGCAAGAGCAAAUCUCUCCGCCAGCCGUUGUCGUCCAGUCGCCCGCCACUCCUUCGACGUUACCAUCGGCCAGUAGCAACUCGGCCGCCUGGCAAAACGAAUCGGCCUCGUUCUCGCGACGAAUAUCGAACGCGUCCUCGUCAAAUCUUCGUCCGACAGGGCGCAAGCAACCUCCCAGUCGACUCAAUUUCCAGCCCCAUCACGGUCAUAAAUCCUCAUUGGAAGCCAAUAUCGCUCCUAGCAUCCGCAGUGCUCCCCCCGUACCCGUUCCGCAAGGCCAAAUGAUUCCCCCACGGCCUGCCCAACCCGCCGGAGGUUCCUGGAUCUCGUCCCGCGCGACGUCGUCAUCGCAAUUACGCUCUUCACACCCUGGUGGGGUUGACACUCCAGAGCUCACACCACGGGCCAAUAAAAAUUCAGAGGCGUGGCCAUCGAUCCCAACACCCACGUCCCUACGACUCUCUCACUCGAUUAUACCGCCACCCGUGCCACCAUCAAACCCAAACUUGACCGGUGCGAGGUCUCCCUCUGCGCGUUUGCCCAUCACACCCGCGGUCCCAUCUCCCAUACCAACGCUCGGAGCAUCCACUGGCUCUGUGGCCGACAAGGCGCGAUUCAUGGCAAAGAUGUCGGAGAUUUAUGACCGGACAAACGUCCACAAACAAUGCAUUUCUGCAGAAGACAUUGACCGACGGAUCAAAGACGUAUUGGUGUCGCGGGACCUAGAGAUUGUCCAGUUGAAGAAAGAGGUUGCAGAGUUGCGAAAGUUGCUAAGGGGACCAGUACCAGCUGCUGGAGGAGUGUCUGCGACGGUUGACCAGGAUGGAGAUGUUGCAAUGGCCCACCACCUCCAGCCCAAUAACGCGCGAGAGGCGAGUGCAGAGGAGCCAGCAUCUCGGGCAAUGACCGUUAGUCCUUCCCCACAACCUGGAGAGGCCAGAAAAGACGGUGCAAUCGGCCAAAUCCCCGAGGAAGUGGCGCAGCCUCUUGCAGCGCCGACCACACCGGCGACUCUUGCCAACGGGAAACCUCUAGCUGGUACUGCAGACGCUGAGACGACGAUGGCGACGGCGGACGCGGGAGCAGCAGCCGCCAAAGAAUAA